AUGGCAGACGUCAAGAAGAGACAGCUCGCUUUCAACAUUAUUGAGUUCCUGAGGGAGUCGUGCCAGAAUGGGACUGUCAAGGAGGAUGACAAGGAGAGUCUGGAGGUAGCCAUCUCAUGUAUCGGCGAAUCGUUCGGUGUGGACCCGGACUCUGCAGCCGACAAGUCGCAGUACACCCUGGCUCCCGCCAACCUCUUGACUCUGCUCGACGUCUACCUCAAGACAAAGGCCAAGUCUGCUCCCGCUCCCGCCGCCACCCCCGCCGCUGCCCCUGCCCCCGCUGCGCCCUCAUUUUCCGGCCCCUCCGCUGCGGACAAGGCCAAAGCCGAGGCGCUCAAGACGACAGGCAACCAGCAAAUGUCUCAAAAGCUGUACGACUCUGCGAUCGAGUCGUACACCUCGGCCAUCGCGCUCGUUCCCAACCCAGUCUACUACUCGAACCGCGCCGCCGCAUGGGGCGCGAUGGGGGAGCACGGGAAGGCUGCGGACGAUGCCCAUGCGGCUAUCGAGCUCGACCCGAUGUUUAUUAAGGGAUACUCGAGGCUCGGACACGCGCGGUUCUCGCUCGGCGAGUGGGACGGGGCGGUACAGGCGUACGAGGACGGAUUGGAGAUCGAUCCCGGAAACGCGACGAUGAAGGCGAGUCUGGCAACUGCGCGGGCGAAGGCAAAGGAGGAGGAGGGAGCGUCAGCAGCUACGACGAGUCGGGGAGCGGGGGCUGGUGGAGCUGGGGGCGGAGGUGGGAUGCCGGAUCUGAGCGCCCUGGCAGGGCUUAUGGGCGGUGGUGGUGGAGGAGUUGGAGCUGGACGAGGCGGAGGUGGGGGCAUGCCAGACUUGAGCGCGCUGGCGGGUCUGAUGGGCGGCGCUGGGGGCGGAGGCGGGGGAGGCAUGCCGGACCUGGCGAGCCUGAUGAACAACCCUCAGAUGAUGCAGAUGGCACAGCAGAUGAUGGCAGGCGGAGGCCUCGACAGGCUCAUGCAGAACCCGAAUGUCAGGCGGAUGGCGGAGCAGUACCAGUCCGGAGGGGGCAUGCCGGAUAUGAGCGCACUGGCGAAUGACCCGGAGAUGCGGAACCUUGCUCAGUCGUUCAUGGGGGGACAGGGUGGACAGGGUGGACAGGGUGGACAGGGCGGAGCUGGCGGGUCUGGGCAAUAA